AUGAUUUAUUGCUAUGAAAUACUGAGAUGGGAAAUUUUGAAUAAGGUGAUGAGGGCAUUUUCACGGUGUGCGAUAGUUGGUAAAAGGUUUCCUAUUUGUCAUGUCCACCUUGGGGAUAUUAUUGUGGAGGUUUCAAGUUUUAGCACAAGUGGACGGAAAUUCGGUAGGGACUUCAGUUAUGAAUUUGAGAGACCUAGUGGCUGUGAUGAGAAGGAUUAUAUUCGGUGGAGGAAUUGUAUGCAGCGGGACUUUACAAUUAACGGCUUGAUGUUUGAUCCAUAUGCAAAAAUGGUGUAUGACUACAUCGGAGGAAUUGAAGACAUAAGAAAAGCUAAAGUACGAACUGUUAUUUCUGCAAAUACUUCUUUUCAGGAUGAUUGUGCACGCAUUUUGCGGGCAUUAAGAAUCGGCGCCCGUUUAGGAUUUCGCUUUUCAAAGGAAACUUCUCAUUUUAUCAAACAUCUAUCCUCAUCAAUUUUAAAGCUUGAUAGGGGAAGGCUUCUGAUGGAAAUGAACUACAUGCUAGCAUAUGGUUCUGCUGAAGCUUCUUUGAGGUUAUUAUGGAAAUUUGGACUUCUGGAAAUACUUCUACCCCUUCAGGCAUCAUAUUUUGUCCAGCAUGGUUUUCGGAGACGUGACAAGAGAUCUAAUAUGCUUCUGUCACUGUUCUCUAACUUGGAUAAGCUUCUGGCACCUGACAGGCCAUGCCACAGUAGCUUAUGGGUUGCAAUCUUGGCGUUCCAUAAAGCAUUGUCGGACCGACCUAGGGAUCCUUUAGUGGUUGCUGUGUUUAGCCUUGCUGUCUACAAUGGUGGAAAUAUGUUGGAAGCAGUAAAGAUAGCGAGGAAGAUCACUAAGCCACAUGAUGAUACCUUCCACGAAUUGUUAGAUCCUCAUGAUCUGGACUUCGAGACAGUGAAAUUUGAAGCUAUGGAUCUUGCAACAUCGAUUAAAGCUGCGUUGACCAAGAUGACUGAUGAGUAUAUUGUAUCUCAGGCAAUGGCAGGAUAUCCUCAAGCUCCUUUUUCUGACCUGGUUUUUAUACCAUUAGGAUUGUAUUUGAGAGCAUGCAAGAUUUUUGAGUGCGUGAGAGGAGGCGCAGAAAAGGAAUUUGUGUCAAAGCAAGGUAGUAAGAUUGAUUACGAGUCCUUAGCUUUGGGAAGCCUGACCGAGGUUCGGCAUACUUUUGCAAGGAUUGUCUUUGAUACUGUAUACCCUCUUAAUCUGAACUUAAACUAAGAUUUUGAUCAGAAUCAUUCAAUAACUAGUUAGCAUCUUCGUGGAAAGUAAAACAAAUAAAUGAUG